AUGCCAGACGACAACCCAUGCACAUUGACACUGGAGAAUGGGACCCAUUACGACCUUUCCUCGCUAGCAUCUGCGAAAGCAGACUACGAGACCAUCAUCAGCGGGACGAGCUACAAGUUGAAUGUCUGUCGAGGAGUCGUCAGUGAAGUGUGGAAGCUCGAUGACCCGGAUUCGACAGGAGGGUUUGCGCAUCGUGAUAGUGGAGACUUCUCAUUGGGGCAAGUCAACACGACAUUACACAUUUCACCUUCGACCCAUGAACCCAUGCUCUACCUUCAGAAUGGCUCGGCGUGUCCUUUGAAUUCUGGAGAGUAUGCCUCUACAGUCAUUCGAUUCAUCUGCAGCCCAGAAGACUUUGACGCCGGCAAGCCGACCCUGGUAGCUGCAUUACCUCCACUAGACUCUGGCAACCCGUGCCACUUUUUCUUCGAGUGGAAGACACAUGUCGCUUGCAAGACCAAUCCAAAGGCGGAGCUCAAGUCCCACCACCUCAUAGGGUUUGGAGCCUUCGUCUUCAUCAUAUUAGCCUGGUUCAUUGGUCACACUGCGUACAAUCGAUUCGUUCUGCAAAAGAGGGGAAUGGAUGUCUUCCCGAUCCCGAGGAUCACACGGCAGCUUCCCAGUCUCAUGCCGACAGCCAGUGCCCCUUCCUCUUCUUCUAAGAAGCCCCGAUGGGGUAUCGGAAGACGGUCACAGAGAGGUUAUAGUAACGUCAGGGCAGAUGAUAAUGAUGAGGGGGAGGGAUUCGCUGGGAGAUUCAGUCUAGAAGAUGAUGAGGACGAUGUCGGAGGGCCGAGCGGAGGGGACGCGAGAGAGUUAGGAGGAGACACUGAAGCUUGGAGAGGACAACGAGGUCAAUCAUCGUCCAAUCACGAUACACAGGGGAACAAGCCAGGUGCUCAUCAGGGUCUGGUGGAUGUAUAG